UACACUUUUCUUAAUUGUUUAAAUUGUGUUGAAUUUCUCAUAUUCCAGUUAAACCCUAGUUUUAUCUUUGUGCUAAAUUUAUUACAAUGCUGUGAAUUCCAACACUAGGACAAGAAACUCUACCAAUAAUUGUUACUCGAUCAAUCCUUUUAUUGAUAUUUGUGUUGAGAUGAAAAUAACAAAGUGUUCUUACUUUUUUUCAUUUACUUUUUGGCAAUUUUUUCUCUAAUUUUACCAGUUAAUCAAAUCUAAAAUAAUGGGAUCAAAUAAUAAUGUUUAAACAUUGACUUUGGAAUAAUGAAUGUGAAAAGGAAAAGCUUGAAGAAACUCUUGAAGAGGCGGUCAAGAAUCAUCAACAAGAUGAAAGAAAGCUUGUUGGGCUGGUCCUUUAUCCAAGAGCCCAACCUUUAACUAGUUUCUUCACAUUUACCAUCUUUAUGUUUUUGCUUAAGACAGAGAUCAAUUUGGCCUUGUUGCGAGUGGAUGUGCUCUUCAAGUUAACAUCAACAUCAACAACUUAAAAAUCGUGUAAAUGUCUUCAAAUUUUGCUACCAGUUGAUCCAAGUUUCAAUCUUUACGCAAAUCUUUCUCAUUUAUAUGAUAAAAUGUAUCGUCAUCUUAUUUCCUCAUCAUAAUGUAACCUUUUCUGAGAGAAGUACAUGUGUUUAUUCAUCUAUACCUUUAUAACAAGCUAACAGGAUCAUCUCGAGACAUCUCAUUUCAUCCUGUCAUCUUGAUUUUAUAACACUUUCAAGAUUGUGUGUAGCUCAAGCUAUAAUCACCAUAAACAAUCGUCUACCGAAUUUAAAAUUUCAUCGAAAUGACCAGAUUUUCAAACUUAAUCCCCAGUUCAAAGCGGAUUAUUCAAAGCUAAUAGAUUUCAACUUGUAAUUUUUGUCAAAUUAUUUGUGAUCCAUAGUCCAAAGGAUUAUUUAAUAUGGAGUUGUUCACCGUUACUCAAACAAAUGUUUACUUCAUCUUUUUGUGUACCUUAUUUGUUGAUUGCCUAUCUUUUGAAGAUAACAAUGUAGAAACAGGAUGGUCAAUUAAUGAAAACAUUAAUACUAAAGUGAACAGUAAAACUCUUCCAGAAGAUAUUAUUGAAAAUGGCAUUUACUGGUCAAGUGAAAUUGAAUCUCAACUCCCAAAGGGUUUCAACAGUGGCGAUGACAAUCGCUGGUUAACUAUGGUUUCUGAGAAGCCAGCAAUUAAAGUAUCUGAAGGCUGUGGCCGUCAAUCCAAUAGGCUAGUCAUGUUUGAAGACGGAAUCUUGUCCUGUGUCCGUCACCGUCAAAAUAACGAUCAAAUACAAGGUGAUAUAUUUAGUUUUCACUUGGCCCGUCUCCUGGGAAUCGCCAAUUUACCUCCAGCAGCACUAUCAAGACUUCGUAAGACAUCAUCUUCAUCUGCAUCAUCAUCAUCUUCAACAACUUCAUCGCUUCCCAAUUCACAACGAGUUGGUUUAAAUCCAGUCUGGGAUCAAGUAAAACCUUCACUUCAUCUAGCUCAAUGGUCCACCGAUAAGUCUGUUGUUGUCACCCAAUGGGUACCCGAUUUAGUUCCAGCCUUUAUACCAUUCAGUUUACGACGUUCAUCUGAACCAACCUUGUAUCCUGUAGUUGAUGAUUUAAUUCCUGGCACUAGUUUAACUGGGAAUAACAAUAACACCAAUCAAAGUUCAAUCAAUCUUCCCUAUCUUGCUGAUUUAGCUCAAUGGUCAGACUUGAUAGUUUUUGAUUAUUUAACUGCAAACUUGGACAGAAUAGUUAACAAUAUGUUUAACCGCCAGUGGAAUCCUGACAUGAUGGAUUCACCAGCUCAUAAUCUUGUCAAAGUCAAAUCAACUGGAUUACUGUUAUUUUUAGACAAUGAAUCAGGUCUUCUUCAUGGUUAUCGCCUUCUUCGAAAGUAUGAACCUUUCCAUAGGAAACUCCUCAAUGGAACUUGUGUCUUUCGUCGAUCAACAGUUGAAGCCUUGGAGAAGCUGCAUCGAGAUGGAAAUCUCAUUCAACUUCUUCGCCAUAGUCUCAAUAAAUCUGGAUAUAAUCCUAAAACGCACAACUUGCCCUUUCUUCCUGAUCGCAAUGCAAAUAUUUUAAAGUCCAGGUUGGCCACUGUCAUUGAACAAAUCGAUAAGUGUCGGUCACUGUUUGGAUCCUGUGAAAAAUCACCGUGUGCAUCAAGGAACGAUCUUUAAUCACUGGAAGAAUAUUUAAAGUUAUUAGUUAACUUAUUGUGAUAUAACUGAAUUAACCCACAUCACAAGUUAAUUGUAAGUUACAGAAACCUGUGAAUGGUUUUGGUUUACAAAAGACUAAAGAAAGACUUUGAAGAUGUAACAUUUUUGUCAAUUGUUCAACACAAUUGAUUGGUUUCCAUUAUUGAUGACAAUUAACAGACUGUUCCAACUGAAUAACUUUGAUUUACAGUUGAAAUGUUGACGAAUAGCUGUUUAAUCAUAUCUUAUGUUGUCUCCAUCCGACAACUUCAAUGAUCAAAGGUUCACUCUGUUUUACCUGAUCAACUCAACUUAAUUAUGUUGAAUAGAGCUUAUAACAGCACGAAUUAAAACUCUCUUUCCCUACUCAUUACAUUCAUGAUCUCUUGAUUAACGUUUAAAAAACUUAAUCAGUACCAGCCAGGGUUAAAAGAGCAGAAUUGUUUUUUCGCAAAAGUAAAUUAUUUUUCAAGAAAAUUAUUUUUUACAUUGUUUUAUCAUUUUUAACCAUCGAUUAUCACUUUCAAUGUAUCUUUUUACUUAAAAACUAAUAAUGUAUUCACUGAAUCCCUGUUCAUUAAUAUCGACCAAAAUUGCAAUCAAGAAACAAAUCAAGAGUUUCUUCGACACGAUGAAAUCAUUGAUUCUGUACAAAUUUUCUCAUCAAGAUUAAAUGAUAUAAGAUAUUGUUUCACCAAA